AUGAAGGGAAUCAUAAUCAAGAAGACACCCCUGGACCUGAUCCUUGGCGGCAACAAGACCUGGGAGAUCCGCGGUUCGCCAGCGACACACCGUGGCUUUGUGGGCCUAGUAGAGUCUGGGCGACAAAAGGUGGUCGGGUUUGCCAAGUUGGUAGACUGUAUCAAGCUGGACAACGAGGUGUUUGCAAGCCACUCGGACCGCCACGGGUCGCCGGCCCUGCACAGUGGGUACAAGACGCCGUAUGCGUGGGUCCUGGAGUCGCCCGUGCGGCUACAGCGAGCGCUCCCGUACCAGCACAAGCAGGGGUGUGUGAUCUGGGUCAACAUUGACGACUCUGUGGUUGCCUAUGCGAUGUUGCAAGCGUACGUUGAUUCCAAAGCCGGCCCAAGACCACCCGAGGAGGUUGCCGUUGUUGCCAGGGCCCCCGAGCCCCGUCCGCUACCACCGCAGCCACGGCCUGGAAAUGGUGGUGACCAUUUGACAGUGCUUGAGCACCUCGAAAAGCACGGGUACGCCGUGGUGCCGACGGACCUGGACGUGGCGCAGGCGAGGGCAUACUUUGACGCGGAGAUUGCCAACUUCCCCGAGUUCAACGCGGACGCCAGCAAGUAUGUACUGGGUGGCUUUGGGGCGCUCGGGAACCCGGCAUCGUUCCACAACCCCACUGUGCGCCUACUUAGGGUGUGGGCGCACGCGAUCAUCAGACCCCUCCUGGCGCCCCUGGCUGGAACACGAGGCGGGCCAAUGUACUUUGAGCAGGUGGUCGACCGCAUGAUGGUGCGACAGAAGGGCGAAUCGGCCUCGGCGGAGGCGUGGCACCGGGACGAGGCCAAGCUGGCCGGGGCGGACGAUCUCGUGUUUGGGGGCUGGUGGAACCUGGACUCGACGGCUCAGUACUUUUCGUGCAUCGCCGGGUCGCACAAGGUGGUGUCUGGCAACAAGGGGUUUGCAACCGUCAAGCUGAGCGCAGAGCUAAAGGCGCAGAUGCGGCGGGACCGGACCAAGGUGGAGAUCCCGCCUGGUCACAUCCUUGUGUUUUAUGAAAAGAUCCUGCACGAGAUUGAAGCCACGAAGCGCCGCACAGACAUGUACCGACAAUUCUUGGGGUGGCGCAUGUCGCCGACUGGGGAGCCGCUGGUCGCGAACCUGCGGGAGCUGCUGGCGACGCAGGCGGUGGUGCCACUAAAGUCGGGGCAGAUGCCACCGAUGUACGCCAAGCUUCAUUGGACGAACCAUAGAGAUCUGCUGGAGCGGUUCUCUGCCAAUGUGCGCCCAGAAUGCAAGACGGUUCGGACUGUUGGGUCUGGGGUGUGCAAGGGCGAGCGGCGGUGUGUGGUGGACAUGGUGAUGGGGUCGCUUGAGUCGUACCAGUUUCGAAAGUACGAGGCGUACAGCGAACGGGAGAUUGCACUGCUGCUUCCGGAUGUGAUUUGA